AUGCGCGAGAGCAAUAUCACCGAACCUCGCCUGUGUUUCCAAUUGUGGCACUCAAAGAUUCCCGCAUUUUUCGAAGCUAUGGCCGUUAUACAUACCGGCAUAGACAGCGCAAGUCUCCGAUUGAAUCUCUCACAGUCUAUCGCUCGAUCGCUAUUGAGGUGGAGCUCCAUGCCACUUGUAUUCCAGGAGGCGUGUGUGCCGAUUGCAAACCCAAGCUUCCACUUUUGCUCCAUGGCCACAAAUGCUCUGUCUGCGGAUAGCCUUUGUCCUCCCGAGGGCCGGUUCUUGUCUGAUGCACUGGAAGCGGAAGUCACAGGUUGGUGCACGCCCGGCAAAGUUGCCAAACUUCUUGGGACAGCAAGAGUUCUCAUGAGCUACAUCUCUGCUUUGAGACAGCGUUCCUUUGGGCUCGACCUAUGGUCGUCGCGGUCAAUGUGCGAAGUCUUGGCAUGGGGUCUCUCGGUGCAGGAGCCACGCUCGUUCGUAUCAGCCUCAAAAGUUGUGUCUCCGACGUACUACUGCAGAAGCCCCCGCGUCAACAGCGGCCCUCCUCAGAGUGGAGCAGUCAAUCAGCUCAAUCGGUACGCUAAUAUCCGCACCAUCAGACAUGCCAAAAGACUCCUGUAUCGUCGUCGCGCGGCUCCCAGCUGCGUCGUCAUUGGUGGUGCGAUGGUGUUGUGGCGUGGAGGUCUUGAGUGCGCUAAGACCAUGAAGAAGUUCACAGGCGCAAGCCGCCAACUUGCGGCAGCGGAACACCUUCAGUCCAGCCGCCACUACGUGCCAGCUGCAGUGUAA